UCUCGUACCUAUAUACAUACUUAUCUCUAUCUAUGUAAAUGGUGUCUUUAUAUACAUUUGUAAAAUUACCGGGUAUGUCUCUCUCAAACUUUUCCCUUCGAAUCGCCAACAACGCCAUCAUGGCUUACUUUCAACUCAAGCAAGCAUAACACGGACCCCAUUACGAUUCUCUCUCUGUCUCUGUGCCACCUAAAACACACGCACAGAGAGGAAGAAGAAGAAGAAAGAGCAGCACGCAAGAUACACCCACUUCAUCUUAAUUGUUUUUCUUUUUUGUCUAAAAUAAAAAAGGAAAAAGGAAAGAAAUAGUGGAAAAGAGGAAAGUGGAAAAGUAAAAGCAUGUCCCAUAUAUUCAGAGACAAACCUAAAGAAGACUCCAAGAGACACAAUCAAUCCAACCGCGCUAUGACGGUUUAUCCAGAUGAAUCCUUGCCUUCUCCCCUUGGUAAUCCGGCCCCUGCCCUUUCGGAUUCGGAGCUCCGAGAGACUGCCUACGAGAUCCUCGUCGCCGCCUGCCGGAGUUCCGGGGCCAGGCCAUUGACUUACAUCUCGCAGUCCGAGAUGUCUCAAAGGAAUCCAGGUCAGCCGGUGGCUGCGGUGGCGCCGCCUUCUCUGCAAAGGUCGCUGACGUCCACUGCCACGAGCAAGGUCAAGAAGGCGCUGGGGAUGAAGUCCGGAAAGAGGAGAGAUAGCGAGUCGGUCAGUCAAGGUGGCCGAGUCAAGAGAGCUGUGACGGCUGGCGAACUGGUUCGCGUACAGAUGAGGGUAUCCGAGCAGACGGACUCCAGGAUUAGGAGAGCGCUGCUCAGAAUUGCUGCUGGUCAGCUUGGAAGGCGCAUAGAAUCAAUUAUUCUACCCCUUGAGUUAUUGCAUCAACUCAAACCUUCAGAUUUCCCCAGUCAUCAGGAAUAUGAAGCUUGGCAGAGAAGGAAUUUGAAACUUCUUGAAGCUGGUUUGCUUUUGUAUCCUCACCUACCACUAGACAAAAAUAAUACUGCUGCGAGGCAACUUCGACAGAUUAUUCAGGAUGCCCUGGAGACACCUUCCGAUACUGGGAGAAGCUUUGAAGCCCUUCGUAGUGCUGUUAUGCCUCUUGCUUGCAGAACCUUUGAUGGAUCAGUUUCUGAUAUUCGUCAUUGGGCAGAUGGAAUACCACUGAAUCUUAGACUCUACCAAGUGCUCUUGGAAGCUUGUUUUGAUGUCAAUGAUGAAUGGGAUGUUAUUGAAGAGGUUGACGAGAUUCUAGAACUUAUAAAGAAGACGUGGAUUAUCCUUGGACUAAAUCAAAUGCUUCAUAAUGUUUGUUUCCUGUGGAUAUUAUUUCAACGCUAUGUUUCAACUGGUCAAGUGGAAACUGACUUACUCUUUGCAGCCAAUAAUCUGCUAUUGGAAGUUGAAAAGGACGCAAAGGAAACGAAGAAUCCAUCUUAUUCAAAGAUAUUGAGUUCUGUAUUGAGUUCGAUUUUGGGUUGGUCGGAGAAAAGGCUUGUUUUGUACCAUGAUACAUUCCACAGUGAUAAUGUUGAUUUAAUGGAAAGCAUCGUUUCUCUUAAUGUUUCUACAGCGAAAAUAUUGGUGGAAGAUAUUUCUCAUGAGUACCAAAAGAAGAGAAAAGAAGUUGACGAGACCUCGGCCUGUGACAGGGUUGACAGUUACAUAAGAUCUUCACUGCGUGCUGCUUUUGCUCAGAUACUGAAGAAGGUGGACUCUAGCAAGCGUUCUGACAAAAACCAGCGCAGUCAUCCUCUUCUUUCUAUCCUUGCAGAAAAUACUGGCCAGCUAGCUUUCAAUGAGAAGGCGAUGUUCAGUCCAAUACUAAAGAGAUGGCUCCCUCAUGCCGCCGGUGUAGCUGUAGCUACCCUUCAUUCUUCUUCUUCCCUCCAGGUAUGGAAUCCGCGGGCAAAUAGAGAGCGGUUUGCUCCUUCUGCCGUUGAGGUUUUACGAAUUGUAGAUGAAACAGUAGAAGCAUUCUUUCUGUUACCAAUACCCAUGCAUCCAGGUUUAUUGCCUGAAUUGAUGUCUGCACUUGAUGGAUGUCUUCAACACUAUGUAGUGAAGGCAAAGUCUGGAUGUGGGUCUCGAAGUACAUUUGUUCCUGCCUUGCCCGCUCUUACUAGAUGUUCAACUGGGUCAAAAUUUCAUGGUGUAUUCAAAAAAAAAGAGAAGCUACACAUAGCACAGAGAAGUAAACCACAGAUCGGAAGCACAAAUGGGGAUCCAUUUGGAAUACCCCAGCUAUGUUGUCGAAUUAAUACUUUACAGCAUGUUCACACAGAGUUAGAGAUUAUUGGAAAGAGACCAAUCAACCAUCUUAUAAAUUCUGAAUCUUCUCAUGCAGACAACAAUGCAAAUGGAAUAGGUAAGACUUUUGAACUUUCAACAAGUUCUUGCAGGGAAGGGAUAAAACAAUUAUGUGAAGCUACAGCAUACCGAAUCAUCUUCCGAGACCUAAGUCAUGUUCUUUGGGAUGGCCUUUACAUUGGAGAAGUUUCAUCUUCCCGGAUUGAACCUUUUCUUCAGGAGCUUGAGCAUUAUUUGGAAAUUAUUUCAUCAACAGUACAUGACAGAAUCAGGACACGAGUUAUUACUGAUUUGAUGAAAGCCUCUUUUGAUGGAUUCUUGCUGGUUUUGCUUGCUGGAGGUCCAUCUCAUGCUUUCACGCGGCAAGACUCAAAAAUGAUAGAAGAGGAUUUUAAGUUCCUCACAGAACUUUUCUGGUCCAAUGGUGAUGGACUUCCUGCAGAUAUAAUAGAGAAGUACUCGGUUGUAGUUAAAGGUGUCCUUCCCUUGUUUCGUACAGACACCGAGAGCCUUAUUGAGCGAUUCAGAGCUGCAACUCUUGAGAGCUACACUUCUGCUGCUAAAUCUAGGCCUCCACUGCCUCCUACUUCUGGUCAGUGGAGUCCAACUGAGGCAAACACACUCUUGCGUGUUUUGUGCUAUCGAAGUGAUGAGAUGGCUGCAAAAUUCCUUAAGAAGACCUACAACUUGCCAAAGAAACUGUAAUACUUAUGAGAGUGGAAAGGACAAAAUGGUGAGUGAAGGACAAUUGGAAGGACAUUCUUGGUGCUUUGCCAGUAUUUAUUGCUAAUUAUUACGUUAAAAGCGCUCAUGACAUGCUUCCACUAGGCGAGCUUAGGGCCUGUGGCAGAGGUUUGUAUCCAUUGAUGGAAAUUCACCUUGUGUACAGUAACUUAUUGGUUGGCACAGUUUGUUUGAAGCAUUGACAUGUUAUUUUAAGUAACUUCAAAGGAGAUGGAUGCCCCCCUCAACUAAGACAGGUGGUUUUUAUGGUUCUUGAAGAGUUGGGAAAUCAGUUUGUCAAACGUGCUUAGAAUCAGCUGCUUCACGAUGAGUGGAAACAAACGACCUCAGUCAUUAAAGAACCUCAGAAGGAGAUAGACAUACUCCUUGAUGUUGAGACUAGUAAGAAUGCAAAUUAUGGCUCUCAAGCAAUAGGAAUUUGUUUGUCAGAUAUCCGGAGAAUCUGUUGCUUACUCCCACCAAGCGAAGACACACAAAGCUCAGAUGGACAUGCUGAGUUUUGUAGGUACCUGCUUUUGCUUUCUUUUUGUAGGUUCUUAAUAUCUCUGCUGCUAGAGAAAGUGGAUAUUAGGAUCAUAUACAGAUAGUCCAGUAACUUAUAAUAGAUAAUUCAAAGGCAUUUGUAUCUAAUUUUUUUGCCAAAUGACUUAAGGUUUUCCUGUGUGCAGAUUGUUUCAAAGAAAUGUAAAUCUAAAGUUGUGUUCUUUUCUGCA